CGAUGGAUAUUGCUUCCAAUGAAGAUCCGUCGGGAAAGACAACACAGAAAGGAGAUGGAGACAGUUCGUCAACCACAGCGGCGUGGGGCGUCAACAAAAUAGGAACACCCGACCUUGAACCAGCGAAUGAUACAAGUGACGGGAAAGAUGAAGGCGGUGAAAAAGUUGGCAACGGUGCGAUCUCUACCGGCGUUGUGACAGGAGUAGUUGUGGGGCUGCUUUUCGCUGCCCUCCUCAUUCUUUCUACAGCUCUAUUCAUAGUGUGCUUGAAAAAGCAGAAAAUACGAUUGCCGGAAAGUUACAGCACCAAAAGGACAGAAACUCUACAGAACAAUCCAGUUUAUAAGGGCGUUUUACCAACAAUCGCCGUCACCGACGGGGCCUCUGCUUCGCCGGACUUCACUAACAGUACGUCGAACGUCUACAUCGACAGUGAUGCCCUGCAGCAGCAGCGACCCCCAAAUUUCACGGGACAGAGCUGGAACAGCGAAUUCAGCUUCUUUGAGGGCUCGUCUUGUCACUUGAACAACCACCCGUCAACGACUUACCUGGCACCAACAGACAUUGAUCCAGAGCGCGUGUCGAACCUUUAUGCAUCAAUCGACGACUCCCGCGUCUCAGUGCGCAGCCAGGUCCUUGCCAGCGCCCCGCCCCUGGAUGAGAGUAACACGGACUUCGACGACGCUGGCGGGUACUAUGAUCCGAUUGAUGCCCGCGGCGCUGCCAGAAGCCCUACAGCUGGCGAUGCUCAGGAUAACAUAUAUUACAACUCUUCUGCUUUCUCCCCGACUUACGUGAACCAGCUUGGCACGCACAAUUGCAACACGCAUGUUGGAGAAAACUGCGAUUAUCUGGAACUUAUGACCACGCCCAACAAGGAGGAACGAACGUCCACGAUACGGCACCAUUGCGCACCUGGCGGCGAAGAGGGUCACGUGUACGCGUUACCUCGCAACAAUGCGCCCCUCAGCGAAUCAGGAUACAGUAACAACAGCAAAGCACUUGAUUGUUCGUCUCAUUUUGCAACUCGGAGUGGCAGCAAUGUUUAUGAAAUUGUUGAGUUUCGAAAUUGAUAAAAAAAAUUAUUAUUCAUUUGAAAAAUCAAUACAAAACAAAGUUGCUUUGGGUGCAGCUUAAUUUGGAAAUUACCGAACACGCUUCAUGAAAACAUUUUAUCAGUCAUAUUUAUUGUAAUGAGUUCAAAAAUCAGUGAUGCCUUCCCACUGAUAAAAACUGCAUAAACUCGUCGAUCAAUUGAUUUUGAUUAAAAUCAAAUAUUGAAGUAUUUUACAACAAAGAAUACACUUGUCACCUGAAGAUUGAAACCAAGCCUUCCGUAAUACUGGUAUCUGCCCUAAAACUUGUACGCGUCUGAUGAUUAUCAAGAGUGCACAGCACCAAACUGAGUUACUUCACCAAAGUUAUUUGAAAAUACAUUUAAAUGAUAUAAUGAAUUCAUAUAUGAAUAAUCAUAAUGGGAUAAAGAAAAACGAGGAGGAUUGGUCACAAGAAUUAUUUUAAGUGUUAUUUUAAUGUUUAGCUCGUCAAAGUCGCGACCGUGCACCUGGCCGGGGCAAGCUGAAAAACAGUUAUCAAAUUAAUCCCAUCAUAUCUCUCAAAUUUGUGUUUUGAAUUUCAAAUACAUUUUAUGGUUCCCUAUUCAAAAUAUGCAUUGUUUUCAACGACGUAACAUUUUAUUUGGCAAAGUACAUAUUUUGGCAGGGCACAUAUAAAGAUUUAUAAUAACUUGGGCACCUAAAGCUUUUCAAAUUUUUACCUGUAUGCCCUUUGCAACAAGGAUAUAAUAAAUUAUGUGA